AUGGAGCCCGGCGCCCCGCCUGACCUCCGCGACGUCGAGCAGAAGCUGGGGCGCAAAGUGCCCGAGAGCCUGGCGCGGCCCCUGCGCGGGGAGGAGCUCCCGGCCCGCUCCGCCGCCGCGGCCCCCGGCCCCCGCCGCCGCCGCGCUGCCGCCCUGGCCCGUCUGGAGACGAAACUUCAGCUCCUGAGGCAGGAGAUGGUUAAUCUCCGAGCCACUGAUGUGAAGCUUAUGCGCCAGCUCCUCCUCAUCAAUGAAAGUAUUGAAUCAAUCAAGUGGAUGAUUGAAGAGAAAGCCAUUGCCAGUAGAGGCAGCAGUUUGAGUGGAAGUCUGUGCAGCUUGCUGGAAAGUCAGGAGACAUCCCUCCAUGGCAGCUGCAGCAGUUUACAAGACUGUAGUGAUGGACUGGAUGGAAUAUCAGUGGGGAGUUAUUUGGACACCUUAGUGGAUGAUGUCCCUGGUCACCAAACGCCCUCAGAUAUGGACAAGUUCAGUGAUUCUUCUGUCAUGGAGGACUCACAGUCUCUGAAUAACCAUCCCAAAAUUGAUUCUGAUGAGUACUACUGUUUUGGUUAAUAAGAACAAGUUCCAGUGGGACACAAUGCACUUAUAUUUAUCCUUUUUCUUUGCUGCUGUUUUAUUUCAUGUGCAAACCCCCCAAAGUUCUCUUGAAAGGACAAUAUAAUAUGAUAACUUCAAUACUGUUGCAUAACUUUUCUUUUGCUUCUAAUGCAUUUUCUCCUUGAUGGAUUGGGCUUUUCUCCUUCUCCUCACAUUUUCUUAAUUUAUUGUCACUUUUUUUGUCUGUUUUAAUUUUUUACAGUGCCGUAUUUACAAGUCUGUAAAAGUGGUGAAGGAAAAGCUUUAUCUUUAAAAUGAAACAGCAGGGAAUGAGAGUAACAAUUUUGUAUUUGUUGUCAAUAAAACGUCUUCUGAUAAAUA